UAUUACUAUAACGAUGCCACACUGCGGACCGCGCCCCAAAAAACCCGUGAAUGCCUUCUUGAUGUGGAUAAAUUCCGCCGGGCGCAAGUACAUAAGAGCGAUGCAUCCCGGGAUCAGUGCCCAGGAAGUGUUUGUGAAGGGCAGUGAGAUGUGGGGAGCCAUGGUCAAUGAGGAGAAGGUCGUGUGGCAGGAGGCGGCACGCACGGCAAUGGCCGAUUACAAGAAGAAAUUGGAGAAGUGGAAUACACUCAAAGAGCAGUCGGAGAAAACUACCCAAACGGAUGAGACGGUGGCUCCGAUCUGCAUGAAGUGCUUCUCACAGAUCUAUUGCUUUCACUAAACGUUUGUUUAGUACGUUUGUUAAAUUAUUGUUGUAGUCACAUCCACUAGCAAAAGUGGCGGAAUGU